AUGUCCAACGGGAUUCUCAGAACGUCUGGCCCCGACGUUGUCGAUGCUGAUGGCAAGGCCGUCCGCCUCCGCGGGACUGCCCUCGGCGGCUGGAUGCUCAUGGAGAAUUUCAUGAACGGCUUCCCCGGUCGCGAGCACCAGAUCCGCGCCGCGCUGCUUAAGGUCCUCGGCAAAGAAAAGUGCGAUUUCUUCUUCGACAAAUUCCUUGAAUACUUCUUCACUGAGAAAGACGCCGAGUUCCUCGCCUCUGUUGGUUUCAACUGUGUGCGCCUUUCUUUCAACUACCAUCACUUUGAGGACGACAUGAACCCCUUCGUGAUCAAGGAAGAGGGCUUCAAGCACCUUGACCGCGCGGUUGAAAUUUGCGCCAAGUACGGAAUCUACACAAUCCUCGAUCUUCACUCCGCACCAGGCGGCCAGAACCAAGACUGGCAUUCCGACAACCCGACCGGCUACGCCGCCUUUUGGGAUCACAAGCACUUCCAAGACCGUGUCAUCAACUUAUGGGAGGUGAUUGCAAAGCGGUAUAAGGGAAACCCUUGGGUCGCUGGUUACAACCCCCUCAAUGAGCCUGCCGACGUCGAGUGGAGUCGCCUUCUCUCGUUCUACGACAGGAUCGUGCCCGCCAUUCGCAACAUCGAUCCCGAUCACAUCCUUUUCCUUGAGGGCAACACCUUCAGCAUGGACUUUUCUGGCUUCACGAAAGUUUUCCCCAACUCCGUGUACGCCGUCCACGACUACUGCGGCUUUGGGUUCCCGAACCGUAUCGGUAGAUACCAGGGGCAGAAAGAGCAGGAUGCAUACAUCCGCCAGAUGUAUGACCGCAAGGUCGCUUUCAUGAAAGAGCACAACGUGCCCAUCUGGAACGGCGAGUUUGGUCCGAUCUACGAGCGGGAAGAGUACAACCCUGACUGGAAGGUCCACAACGAUGAGAGAUACGACAUGCUGGAUAAGCAAAUGGCCAUCUAUACCGAUGAGGGUAUUGCUUGGAGUAUCUGGGCUUACAAGGACGUCAACGUAAUGGGCAUGACAUAUCUUUCCCCAGACUCUGCAUGGCUCAAGCUUCUGGGGCCCAUCAUUCGAAAGAAGCGCGACCUUGCUGUCGACAGCUGGGCCUACGACGAUGCUCACUUGCAGCCCGGUCUUUUCGGUCCGUUGCACAAGUGGUUCGAGGACAAUGUCCCGGCGCAAUACAACAAGAAGUACCCGUGGCAGUGGCGCAUGCACAUGCACGUCUUCCGUGGCAUUCGCGGAAUCACCAUGGCUGAGUACAUGAUCCCCGAGUGGGCCGACUACUUCAAGGACAAGACAUUCGAAGAGCUGGACGAGUUGGCCGCGAGUUGGAAGUGUGAGAAUUGCUGCCAGCGCGAGAGGUUGAACGAGCUACUGAAGUUUUACGCGCCAAUGGCUCCCGAGGACGACAGGCUAAAGGGUAAGGUCAUCCGACCUGAGGCUGAGAAAGACGGAGAGAAGCCCAAGCAGACAGUAUCUGGUGUCGGGGUGUUCGAGUUGUCGCCUGAAGAGAAGGCGAAGAUGCUUGCGCAGACCAACGGGACACCCGUUGCCGUUGCUUCAUGA